GACUUUUACAGUUGGAUGAAAUUACUAUGUCAUCACCUGGGUUUAAGAAGAAGAAUAGUCUAUUGGAAGUUUUUAGUAAAUUCUUAAAAAGUUUUUCCUUACCACUUGCUAAAUGUACACCAAAUGAUGUAAGACGAUUUCUGGUUUGGAAAGACUCUAAACGGAAAACAAUUGUACAUAAUUUAAGUUGCCCAUUUUUAGGUUCCAAAACUAAUGUUGAAUGUAAUUGCCCGAAGCGCUUAGCCUCAGGAACAGUAGACUGUAUUAUUCAGCAGCUGAUUCAAAUAUUUGAUGAGCAGGGUUUUGGAAGAUAUUGGGAUAUUAUUUCGGGGACUGGGAAUCCUGCUGCAUCUCCUUUAGUUAAGGAAUAUUUAAAAUUAAUCAGAGAAGAACAGGCUAAAGCACAUGUACUUCCAAAGCAAGCAAAACCAAUAUUUUUGUCAAAGGUUAGGGCAAUAGCAUUGUUUAUUGAUAGGGAAUUGAAACGUGAUGAUCUUCACGUUAGGGAAAGGUAUGUUUUAUUUAGGGAUCAGACUUGGUUAAAACUUCAGUUUUUCACUGGUGAUAGAGCUACUGAUCUUUUCUUGGUUGUUGCACAGGAGGUUAAGUGUCUAGCUGAUGGGUCAGGAUUAGUGUUCAAACAUACAUUUGGAAAGACUCUUAGAGGUGAUAAAAGUAAAAGCAAUUCAUUUGUUAUUAAAAAAUGUACUGAUCCUGUGGUUUGUCCAGUGAAGGGUUUAUUAGAUUUUGUUAGGUUUGCAAAGUCACACAAUGUUGAUUUAUCCAAGGGAUACUCGUUCAGAACAGUUGCAGAAUGUGGCAGAGUUUUGGAUAAGAAUGUCAGUUAUUCAGUGGUGUAUGAGAGGUUGAGGUAUUAUUUGUCAACAUUAAGAAUUUAUGAAGGGGAAACGCCUCAUAGUUUUCGAUCAGGGUGUGCUAUUACAAUGACAUUGUCAGGGUCAGUAGAGAAUGUAGAUCAAGUUAUGAAUCAUGUGGGAUGGUUUGGAAAGUCAAGCGCAGAGUAUUAUUGUAGAAUGUCAACACUUGUUGAUUCUGGAGUGGUUGCAUCAAAGUUGGCAGAAUCUGUGUAUCAGGCAGAUGUUGUUGAGAGAGAGUAUAAAGAAAAGGCAGACUAUUCAGGUUUAAAAAAUGCAUUCUAUUGAGCAAAAGAGGUUGUAAAAGUUAGGUGAGAAAGAAAAAUUGCAU